AUGUGCUCCGCCGCGUCAUCGGCUGGCUGCCGUUGUGCGCGUUCAAGGCUGCCUGGCUGGUGUUGGCAACAGUUGCAAACGCCUCGCAGCGCUCAAGGACUCCAGGUUCCAAAAAGCAACGCCGGGAGACGUGGUCCCGGCUCGGGAGGUGUUUUUGAAGCCCGGCUACAGCUUCGUCAAGGCGGCGGCCUGCGACAGCUGCUGCCUUCUGGUCUACAGCGGCACUGGCGGACUGGCUUCCUGACUUCCGUCACGUGCCAUUGCAAGGCCAACAUUUCCGACGUUGUGCCAGGAGGAUCUGGAGAUGGCACACGGCGAAUGGGGUGGACGGGAGUUCACGCACCCGUGGAGGGCAUCCUACGGACGCUGGGGCGGGCGGCGAAGGACCUCCACUUUACCGUCAACGACGCCGCCGACGAGCUCGUGAACUUGGUGGUGCUAAGGGCUGCCGGCGCGGGGUGGGGUUUGGAUGCAGAAAGCGUUCCCGAUACCGUACAGCCCUGCUCUGGUCAAGCUCCGAGCUUGCGGCUUGACCAUCGUGGCCUCAUGAGGCUUCAAUUCCGAAGUGCCGUGGAUGAACGAGGGCACCUUCGCAGUGAAGUGAAGGCCUUGCAGUCGGAACGGGAUGCGUUGGCAGCACAGGUGGAGCGUCUCGAGCUCGAACGUGUGCAAUUCGGUUCGGCACAAGACCUGGACAAGCAGGAGUUGGAAUCGACGGUGCAGUCUUUGGUCCGAGAGAUCAAGGCUUGCCAGGCGGAAGCAUCGACAGCGAAGGAUGAGGUGCAGCGUUUGAGCAAUGCACUAGAUGCGGCCCAAGCCUUGUGUGAGCAUGCUGAGGCCCGAGCCGCAGCGGCAGAGGUACUGAAGACAGAGGCAUCUGCUCAGCAGCGCUUGGCCGAGGGCAACGUACUGCGCCUCACCACAGAAAUCGAGGCACUGAAAGCCAGCAGCAGCUUGGUGUUGCGCAGGGCCGAGAGAUGCGAUGCAGCGGAGGCGGAGGCAGCACGCCUCCAGGGCGACGUCUGUCGCCUGCGUCAAGAGGAGCAACGACUCCGGCUGUUGGAAGAGCGCUUGAGCCAAGCGCAAGCUGGGGUUCACGACAAGGAAGCGCUUGAGAGGCGUCUGGACCAGGCCCUCCGGAGGGCGGACACGGCUGAGAAACAGGCGAAAUCCUCUGAAGACAAUGCAAAGUCCUUGGAGUUAAAGCUGCUCGCAGCCACUACAGAGUUGGAAGAGUCAAAUCUUGCUGUGCAAAAGGGGCACGAGAGGGAACGAUCCCAAGAGGCAGAGCUUAGGAACGUCGAGAUGGCGCGGGCCGAAAUGGGGAGGAAGCUGGCAGAAACUCUGCAAGAACUUGCAGACCUUGAGGCCAACAGUGCAUCCUUCCGUCGGAAGGUUGAUGCGGACCUUUCGGAAGCUAAGCUGCAGCUUUCUGAGAGCUGUGCUCGGUGUGAUCGAGGCGUUGCCGAGCUCGAGGCUGAGCGAGGGAAGAGCCAGGAAGCAGUGAAGAAGCUCUCCUCCUUGGAGGAGCAGCUCGCGACCCGAGACGCGGAAGUCUGCGGCUUGCAGGAGCAGAGCGCCGGCUUGCGCCGGGACCUGCUGAAGGCGAGCGCGGCGCGGGAGGCUGCAGAGCAGCAGAUGGCUCCGCUGGCCGAGGAAGCCGCCAGGGCCUGCAGGCUCAGGGAGGAGUCUGCUACGGCUGCCGCGGCGGCCCAGCAGGAGGCGACCUCCUGCCGCUUGGAAGCGGAAGCCACCCGCAUGGCGCACUACGAGCAGGACCGUGAAGUGCACAGGCUAAGAGAACGCCUGGCCGUGCAAAGUGAGGAGUUGGAAAGGCUGCAGACACUGCUCGCCAUGGGCGGUGGUCCAGACGAUGUGGCUGCAAUGUCCGCCGCGCAGUAUCUCAGCGGUCCCAGUCCACGCUCCCACAUUCGAGAUGAGCUGGCCUUCGUGCGCAAAGAGACUCGGAGUGGCUGCCCAGCCUUGCCUCCCGCCGUCACCCGACGCCUAGCUUCUCCGCGACUUCGCGAUGCUCCGCUGGCCUUGCAGGGGCGGUCAAACUCCAGGUCACGCAGGCCGUCCAGCUUCGCCAGCACUGCCGCACCAGAUGAUGAGCUAUGA